AGAAGAAGAAGAAGAUUUAUAGUGACAAAGCUCUGGUUUUCUCAGAGAAGACGGUGAGGGAGUUUUUGUUCAUUAAUCAAUGGAGACUAACAACACGCCGCUUCUACUACACAGCAGCAAAGCUGAAGAAGAAGCUAAACCAGAGCAGCCGGUAGUUACCAGGUAUUGGAACGAUUUCUCCGAUGAAUCAAACCGUCUAUGGAGGAUAGCAGGACCUGCAAUCUUCACCGCCAUAUGUCAGUAUUCACUCGGUGCUCUAACACAGACAUUCGCCGGACUCCUAAGUGAUGUCGAUCUCGCCGCCGUCGCUGUUGAAAAUUCCGUCAUCGCCGGUUUCGCUUUCGGUUUCAUGUUGGGAAUGGGGAGUGCAUUGGAGACACUAUGUGGACAAGCAUUUGGUGCUGGACAGAUCAAUAUGCUUGGGGUGUAUAUGCAGCGGUCUUGGGUGAUUUUGCUGACUACCGCUUGCCUUUUGAUUCCAGUCUAUAUUUACUCGCCUCCACUUCUGGUCUUAGUUGGACAAUCGGAGGAAAUAUCUCAAGCUGCUGGAAAAUUUGCUAUUUGGAUGAUUCCACAGCUGUUUGCAUAUGCUGUGAACUUUCCAAUACAGAAGUUCUUGCAGGCACAGAGAAAGUUGGCAGUGAUGGCUUGGGUAUCGGCAAUUGUGCUGGUUAUUCAUGCUUUUUUCAGUUGGCUGCUCAUUAUGAAGCUCAAGUGGGGCCUUGUUGGAGCUGCAAUCACUCUCAACGGAUCCUGGUGGUUGGUAGUCCUAGGCCAGUUUAUCUACAUUGUAUACACUAAGUGUGAUGGUGCCUGGUCUGGUUUCUCAUGGCUUGCAUUUACCAACCUUUGGGGCUUUAUCAAGCUCUCUCUUGCCUCUGCUGUCAUGUUAUGCCUGGAAUUCUGGUACCUGAUGCUUCUUAUUGUGAUUACUGGCCGUCUGGAUAAUCCUUUGAUACCAGUUGAUGCAGUCUCUAUUUGCAUGAAUAUUCAAGGAUGGGAUGCUAUGAUUGCAAUUGGAUUCAAUGCAGCCAUAAGCGUGAGAGUUUCAAACGAGCUUGGAGCAGGCAAUGCGAGAUUGGCCAAAGUUGCAGUUGUUGUGGUUUCGACAACUUGUAUGGCAAUAGGAGUCGUUUGUUUUGCUAUCGUAUUAGCGACUAGAGACUAUUUCCCUUACCUAUUCACCACGAGCGAACCGGUGGCCAAAGAAACUACAAGGCUUGCCAUCAUGCUUGCGUUUACUGUUCUCUUAAAUGGCCUUCAACCAGUCUUAUCAGGAGUUGCUGUUGGAGCUGGAUGGCAAACUCUUGUUGCAUACAUUAACAUUGGAAGCUACUAUCUCGUUGGGUUGCCUCUGGGCAUUCUGUUUGGCUUCACAUUUGGUUUUGGAGCUGAGGGAAUAUGGGGAGGAAUGCUUGGAGGCAUCUGCUUGCAGACAAUAAUACUGAUCGGGGUUACCUCAGCUAGAAACUGGGCUAAAGAAGCCGAAGAAGCAGAAAACCGAGUAAAGAGAUGGGGAGGUUCGGCUGCUGAAAAACACUAAAAUCACUACCACCAUGACAUUUGUAAGGUUAGGAUGGAUGGGAUCGGGGUUAUGUGUAUGCACAAAAACGCGAACAUGGCCGAGCUUUUCCUAAAAUUCUUUGAGAGGAGCCAAUUGAAAGAGGUUAAUUUUAUCUGAUUUGAGAGAGAUCUGAUAUCUUUGUAGUAAGUACAUUUUCCAUAUUUAUUUCUUCUGUAUCACAAUAAUCAUGGUAUCAUCUUUUAACAUCCGACUGAUUGUAUUAUGACUUUGUUUGAAUGAUAGAAUUCACAAUUUGUAAA